AUGGUGGUCGUCUUAAGACACAUGGAAUUGGAUAUAUUUGGAUAUAUUGGAGGGGUUGUUAACAGUUUUCAUUUAGACAUUGAUUUGUGGGGCAUGAUGACUCUUAGGGAUACAGUUGAGGAGUUGGGAUACAAUAUGUUAGACACCUUUAAAUAUUUCACCCCUACUGGUAGUGACACCCUAUUUGAAAUAAGUAAUGAUAGCGAUUGUUGGGCUAUUUGCGAUGUUGGAAUGUUUCCCAAAGAGAUUGAGGUUUGGGUAGUAGGUGGUGUAGAAGGUGAUGAUGAAGCACCAUCAGUAGAAAGUGAGGGUGAUGAAGAAUCUGGGGAUUUUUUAGAUGACUUUGAGAACAGUGCUGAUGAAGUGGGAAAUGAUGACCAAGAGUUUGAGGCCAAUGUUGAUAACAAUGUGGAGUUUGAUGGGGUAAGAGAAAGUGGACAACCUGUAGCUGGGGUAAGAGAAAGUGAACAACAUGUUGAUGGGGACAGUACUAGGGUUGUAGACAAUGAUCAUGGUCUACAAUUGUCUGAUGAAGAUAGUGGUAAGGACAGUGAUGAAGAAGGCAAAAUGAAAUGGCCAGAAUUUAGGUCUACCACUCAAAUGCGUACCCCAAAAUUCUGUGUUGGUUUAACAUUUGCAUCAAAGGUAGAAUUCAAAGAUGCAGUCCAUAAUUAUGGUUUCAACAAUGGUAAGGAAUUGAAGUUUAUUAGGAAUGACAAAGAGAGGGUCUAUGUUAGAUGUAAACAAGUUGGUUGCCCUUUCAGAAUUAAUCUUUGGAAAGUUAAAAAUGCCUUGUCAUGGAGAAUUGCCAGUUAUAAUGAAUUGCAUGAUGGCUGUGGUUGGGUUUAUGAGAACACCAUGGUUAAAUCAACUAGGAUUGCAAAGAGAUGGAUGAAAGAGAUUGGUGGCAACAGCAACUGGACCACUGCAGAAUUUAGAGAGAGGGUUAAAGCAGAUGAGGGGUUUGAUUUGUCCACCAAGCAAGCCUAUAGAGCUAUGAGAAAGGCAAAGGAAGUCAUUGAAGGUGAAGCUAUUGAAUUUUUCAACAAAAUAUGGAGCUACAAGUUGGAGAUUGAAAAAACAAACCCUAACACCACAUGCAAGGUGAAGGUAAGUGACUUACUAUAUGAUGGAAAACCUAGGUUUCUAAGGAUGUAUUUCUGCUGGGAGGCUUCAAAGGAUGGAUAUAAGUUCUUAUCUUCCCACUGGCUUAUGCCAUUGUUGAAGGAGAAACCAAGGAUUCAUGGAUCUGGUUCUUGA